AUGUCGGACCCUUAUAACCAUGAGGGCAAACGUUUGGAAGAAACAUAUCAAAAUGAAAUAGAUGAUGAUUCUAUUCAAGAGUAUAGCCAUCAUCCUCAUAAUACCAACAACAACAAUUUGGCUAUGUUUGAAGAAGAUGAAGAUGUUCAAAUACAUGAACCAUCAAAUCAUGGCUCCAAGUUUUUGUCGAGGUUGAAAUUCAAUAGAAAGCAUAGUUCAUUCGAUGAUGACGAUGUCGUCGAGCUUAUAGCUGAACAACACCAUAGAAAGAGCACGAUCGACAAUGGGUUCCAAUAUGCUACAGAUCCAAAGAAAAGUUUGGAGUCGGAUAGAAUCAUGAUCAAACCGAUUAAUGAUGAAGACGACACUUCCAUUAUGAUUACGUUCAACCAAAAGAUUUCUCCAUUCAUCAUCAUCUUGACCUUUGUGGCUUCUAUCUCCGGGUUCAUGUUUGGUUAUGAUACUGGUUAUAUCUCUUCGGCUCUUUUAUCAAUCAAUAAGGAUUUAGACAACAAGAUCUUGACCUACGGUGAAAAAGAAUACAUCACUGCUGCUACUUCUCUCGGGGCUUUGAUUACAAGUAUCGGUGCAGGUACAGCUGCUGAUGUGUUUGGUAGAAAACCAUGUUUAAUGUUUUCCAAUGUCAUGUUUGUUGUUGGUGCAAUUUUACAAAUCUCUUCUCAUACUUUUUGGCAAAUGUGUGCCGGUAGAUUGAUUAUGGGGUUCGGGGUAGGUAUUGGGUCUUUAAUCUCUCCUCUUUUCAUCAGUGAAAUUGCUCCAAAGAUGAUCCGUGGUAGAUUGACAGUUAUCAAUUCUUUGUGUCUAACAGGUGGUCAAUUGAUUGCUUAUGGUUGCGGUGCUGGUUUCAACUAUGUCAAUAAUGGUUGGAGAAUCCUUGUGGGGCUUUCUUUGAUUCCAACCGUUAUCCAAUUCACUUGUUUCUUAUUCUUACCAGACACUCCAAGAUAUUACGUUAUGAAGGGCAAUUUGGAUAAAGCAGCUGCAGUCUUGCGUAGAUCUUAUACUGAUGCUCCUGAUGAAUUGAUUGAUCAAAAAGUCGAGGAAUUGAUGGAAUUGAAUAGCUCGAUAGAGGGGAAAAACACUCCUGAAAAGAUUUGGAAUACCAUCAAGGCUUUACAUACUAUCCCAUCCAAUUUCAGAGCUUUAAUUAUCGGCUGUGGGUUACAAGCCAUUCAACAAUUCACCGGUUGGAAUUCUUUAAUGUAUUUCUCGGGUACCAUCUUUGAAACUGUUGGGUUUUCCAAUUCUUCUGCAGUUUCCAUCAUUGUUUCAGGUACAAAUUUCAUCUUUACACUUGUAGCUUUCUUUUGCAUCGAUAAAAUUGGUCGUAGAGUCAUCUUAUUAAUUGGGUUACCAGGUAUGACUGUUUCAUUAGUGAUGUGCUCUAUUGCCUUCCAUUUCAUUGGGAUCACUUUCACCGGUAAUGAUGCUACGGUAGCAAAUGGUGGGUUCUCAUCUUGGGGGAUUGUCAUCAUUGUUUUCAUCAUUGUGUUUGCUGCAUUCUAUGCCUUAGGUAUUGGUACUGUUCCAUGGCAACAAUCUGAAUUGUUUCCUCAAAAUGUUAGAGGUAUGGGUACUUCCUAUGCUACUGCUACUAAUUGGGCCGGUUCUUUAGUCAUUUCAUCCACAUUUUUGACUAUGUUACAAAAUAUUACUCCGACAGGUACUUUUGCCUUUUUCGCUGGGUUAUGUUUCGUUUCCACUUGGUUCUGUUAUUUCUGUUAUCCAGAAUUAUCAGGUUUAGAAUUAGAAGAAGUUCAAAGUCUAUUAAAGGAUGGGUUCAAUAUUAAAGCUUCAAAAGCCCUGGCCAAGAAAAGAAAGCAACAAGCUGCACAAAGGGAACAUACUGAUCCAAUUUUGAAAUACGAACCAACUCAAGAAGUUAUUGAGCUUUGA